GACUCGAUCGCUCCCUCCCAACACGGGUGGGGGGAGCUCGGCAGCCACUCGCACGGGAGGCAGGACUCGCCUUUGAGUUGCACACUACAAGUAACAACUCGGCCCAAUACAUCCGGAUGCCUGCUGUGCCUUGUUGUAUUUGCGAACCUUGAGCUGACUUGUUGGAGUCUUUGGAGCGCGCCAGUGCGCCGGGUGCCGCUGCAAGACGUUUACGGGGAAGCGCUGCCUGUCGAGGGCGGUGUGGCGCCGCUGCAAUGCUGGCACGGACGAAGGCGAGGAGAGACAUGCGCUGACCGGAUUUGGAGUUGGUUCCCGUCCGCACCGACGCCUUGAUUAGUCUAGUUUCCCACUGACUGCGGAGUUUAAAAAUGCCCGUGAAGAGCAAAUACAACCUGGUGGAUGAUGGCCACGAUUUGAGGAUCCCGCUACACAACGAGGAAGCCUUCCAGCAUGGAAUCAACUUCGAGGCGAAGUACAUUGGCAGCCUGGAUGUGACACGACCGAGCAGUCGAGUGGAGAUCGUGGCUGCGAUGAGACGAAUAAGGUAUGAGUUCAAGGUGAAAAACAUCAAAAAGAAAAAGGUCAGCAUCAUAGUGUCUGUGGAGGGCGUCAAGGUCUCCUUGAGAAAAAAGAAAAAAAAAAAGGAGUGGAUGUGGGAUGAAAAUAAAAUGAUGGUGAUGCAGGACCCCAUUUACAGAAUUUUCUAUGUGUCUCAUGACUCACAGGAUUUAAAGAUCUUCAGUUACAUUGCCCGAGAUGGGCACACCAACGUCUUCCGCUGUAAUGUUUUCAAGUCCAAGAAGAAGAGUCAGGCCAUGCGCAUUGUCCGCACUGUCGGUCAGGCAUUUGAGGUCUGUCACAAACUGAGUCUGAAGAACGCGCAGCUGAGCAAAGAUAACCAGGCCGACAGCCACGGUGAAAAGAAUGCAGACGACACCUCCAUCUUAGGAGUGCGUGCUCAUCCACCCGUGUGUGUGUGUCUUUUACUUGGCCCAGGCGCGGCGGAGAAGACGACGACGGUCGCCGAGGAGACGGACAUUGAUGCCGACGAGACCAACCAGCCGACGGUGUCCGAGGAGCUCAACGUGAACCGAGGGGUGACCGAUCUGGAUGCCACAGCCAAGACAUCCGAGCUCAACCACUCAGACAAGAUUUCCGAAGAAGCCUCCUUGCUGAUGUCCAGCCCCAGGUUGCUGCUUCCGGCGUCCAGUGUGCUCUCGCCCGGCACUCCCUUGUCUGUUCACCAUCAGAUCCAACUUCUCCAGCAGCAGCUUCAGCAGCAACAGCAGCAGACGCAAGUGGCCGUGGCGCAGGUUCACCUCUUGAAAGACCAGCUGAGUGCAGAGGCCACGGCUCGGCUGGAGGCACAGGCUCGCGUUCACCAGCUCCUGCUGCAGAAUAAAGACCUGCUGCAGCACAUCUCGCUCCUGGUCAAGCAGAUGCAGGAACUGGAGAGCAAGAUCACCGGACCUGGCUCCACGGGAUCCCAGGACAGUUUGUUGGAGAUCACUUUCCGUUCCACGGUGGCCCCGGUAAUCUGCGACCCAACAACGCCUGAACCGGAGGUGUCGGCCCUCAACCUACCCCAGCUUUGCAGCGCCGACGGGGCCGCCAAUGCAUUUGCAUCUUCCAACGGGAAUCUGGGAAGCCCGCUAGUUGACCAAAGCAUGUAUGAGAAUUCCGUUGCCCAGCAACAGAGUCCGCAGACCACCAGGCAAGGCCCGCCUUCCACCAGAAGAAGCCCGACAUCCCCAAACUCUCACCUGUCCAUCGGUGCCUCGGACUCUCCAUCGUCCGGAGGCCAGCAGAGGCUGAAAAAUGCCAUCAAUCUAGGCAAGGCCGUCGGGGCAAAGAUGAACGACCUGUUGAGGAGGAAGGAGUCCAGCCACGUGGGCGACAUCGGGGUCACCGAGGUCAACAAGAACGCUGGGGCGGUGUGGUCUUGCAUGGACCAACUCGCUGAAAAUUCGCCAUACAGCCACUUCCCCUUGGACUCCAUCCCUCGGCUUGACCCGCCGCCGCCGUCGGGAAAGAAGCGUCUCCCUCGGGCAUUAAAGACCACCCGGGACAUGAUGAUUUCCUCGGACCCAGUGGUCUCCUCUCCGGAUGCCACGGACGUGUCUUCCCCGAUGGCCCUGCCCGAAAAGAUGCCCUUCAUCACCAAGGAGGAGGAGGACGCAUGGGAUGGUGAGCUGGACGCCGGGCCGAUGGAGGCGGGCUCUGCAGGUGAGCCAGCGGACGAGACGUCGGAGUUGGCGGGAAGCGGUGCGACACCAGAAAAAGCCAGCCGAGGGCAAGCGGAGGAACGCCAGCUCCUUCCGUCUGUACCAGACCUGAUUAACAAGGAUCCUUCUCCUAAAAGCCUGAGCGAGGAGGCCGACAACGCCAAAGACGAGCACGCGGGCGCCGAGGACCAAGAGCCCCACCCGGAUCUGCUGUCCUUUGACUGAGUCCAAGACGCCAGGGCGGGCGGGAUGAUUCUCACCACUCUUUGUAGUCCAUCCGGCUCCAGGGUGUCUUGGAAAAGGGAAUGCGUGAGUUCACAAGCAUUUUUUUUCUACCAUUUUCGAAACAUUUUAAAGCCUUUUCGAGUCCAACUUCCCGGGACUGUUUGCUGUCUGGAAAACGUCAGGACAGUUUUUGUGCAUUUCAAAAUAAAGGUAAAGGUGAUCUGUUUUUGAAGGUGCUAAAUGGACUUCUUAGUGACAUAUAUUUUUACUGAUUGGAUAAUGAAGUCACCACUAACCCAAGACUGAAAGGUGGAAGUGGAGUGAAAAAGCAGGAUGAAGAAAUUUUAUGCAUUAUGAGAAGAAGAAAAAGCAAAUCCGACUUUGAUGCUUGUAGUAGCUGUUUAGAGUGUUUUCCACAUGAUUGCACAAUAACAAAAAUGUGAAUUAACCUCAAACUAACAUACAAAAGUAUUUGUAGUGUUUGUUUCGAGUCCAAAAUGGACCAAAAUAGAGUGAAGAUAUUUCAUUGCGGAGAAUUUCAGGCUGAACGUUUUUUUCUUUCUUUUUUCUAAAACGAGCACGGCAGCGGAACGGACUGAUGAGAGGAGUGAAAUCGAUGUCAAGUAUAACAACCAAGCUGAUGAGGACUAGUUGUUUUUAUUCCCCGAGGGGGAUGGGGGGUGGGAGGGGUGCUGGGUGCUACAAUGAUCAUUAUACCGAAGGCGGCAGACCAAAGACGUGAUUGUCUUCAUCAGUUGUUUUUGUUCUAUUUUGUCCGCCUUGCCCGGGUGGGAAAAGAAGGAUUUAUUGUGAUUCAUACUUGAGAUUUUUCUCUUUCAUCUUUCAGUUUAUUUGUUUGCCAUUUGGUUAUUUUCAAUCCUUUUUUUUCUGUUGUUUGUUGUUAAUGUUUUAGCAAAAAUUGUCCAUGAGAGUGAGUGCUGGAAAAAAGUAUUUGCCCUCUUCUCAAAUCUUAUUUCUUUGCUUUAGACAGCUCAAACCACUAACUGAAUCUUGAUUUUUUUUUAAAUAGCUUCCACAUUUUCUGCACUGUCAAUUUGAAAUAUCCUGCUUUUGAAUAAAGGGUUGGGAAUGUCAACAGUUUUGUAAAUCAGAUCGUCGAUUAAUCAACAAAAUAAUCCACAUAUUCAUCCAUUUUUCAAAUAUCCGUUACUUGAAGCCACUUUGAUGCAGAUUAUCAUACUAAUGUAAAUAUCAGAAAUGUAUACUGUGGAGGGGGGGGCGUUUAGAAUGUAAAAGCAGCACACUUCAUUUUUGCAUUUAUCUUGUGUAGGCUUCUUGUUUCACAUCUUUGGCCCUGGAAAGGUUGAGGUGUCCCAGUUGGGGGACGGCGAUUCCAAAGCCCUAAAACUGACAAAGCGAGGUACACAAGUGGCCUCUAAAAGUGAGCGACGAUCCCUCCGGGGACUUUUUGACCUCCGAAGCUAAGAAAAAUUCCCAGAAGACACAGACCCAACUGUUGUUAGGGUCGUGGCCGUCUCAAUAAAAGGAAUGCAGAGCUGGACGCUCUCCUUUCCAGAAAAGGCACUUUUGUUUCACUUUCUACUCGCAGUCUAUUUUCAGCUUGUGUCUUUGUGUCUUUGUCAUGCAAGCUGCCCGCAUCGCCAAAGGUCUUUGUUCACGUCCAAGCCGUAAUGUUGUGCUCCCCAGAGGCUCCUUUACGUUUGGAGUUGGUCGGCCGACGUUACAACCUCUUUGGUUUAUGGCCCCACUCACCACCCUCUCUAGUGGCUGCUGGCCUCGUUUAAAACCCAAAUACUUCAAUCAUAAAGUGGCCACCGUGGCUUUUUUUUUUUUAUAGUACUCAUGAUCAUGCCAAUUUUUAUAUGAAUGAGCGUGUUUUCUAUAGUACAUGUGAACUUGUCGUGUCUGAGUCAUAUGUAGUGUGGUUUGGAAAACCAGCCUUUUCUUUUGUCGUGUUGAAUCUUUCUUUAUUUUGUGAGUUGGACAUUACAUAAAGAAUGAAGGAAGCUAAUAAAUGAAUAGAGCUGCUUAAAAACAAAAUUACCUUAAUGUCCUUUUUAAAUGUUUCUAUCAAAUCGUUUUUGUGGUGUAACAAAAAUGCUUAACAUUGUUGAUUAUUUUGGAUAUUUAAGUUUUACUUCCCAAAUGUAUCACUCUGACUGUAAUCUGUAUCACAUGUGGAAAUAGAUUUGAUUAUGAAUUUGG